AUGUCCCAUACUGCCCCCGGUGAUGCAGAUUCCAGCGAUGCCAAAGAAGGUCCCCAUAUCGAAGCGGAGGGGAGUGGGCAGUCGGUGCCCACUGCGAACGAGUCUGACUAUCCUGAGGGUGGUCUCUCCGCGUGGCUUGUCGUCAUUGGGGCGUGGUUUGGCCUAUUUUGCACUUUUGGACUUGUUACCUGUGUUGGCGUCUUCCUUGAGUACUAUCAGACUGGACCGCUGGCUCGGUACAGUGCCAGCACCAUCAGCUGGAUUACGAGCUUGCAAGUGUUCUUUCAAGUUGGAGGUACAGCAAUAUGGGGGAGAUUCUAUGAUUCGUACGGUCCCCGUUGGCUACUUCUGAUCGGGACACCGGUCUACUGCCUCGGAUUGAUGAUGCUGUCAUUGUCAAAGGAGUACUAUCAGGUCCUGUUUUCUCAGGCCGUCCUGAGCUCUAUCGGCUCCGGCGCCAUCUUCACGGCCUCGUUGGCCUCACCAACAUCAUGGUUUAACAAGCGGCGGGGGACGGUGUUCGGCAUCGUCAACUCAGGAUCAUCUGCCGGCGGCAUCGUCUUGCCUAUUAUGCUAUCUCGGCUAUUCAAGUCAAUCGGUUUUGCCUGGACUUUGAGGGUGGUUGCUUUUAUGUUCUCGGCAUUCUGCGCGGUCUCAUGUUUCCUAAUCAAAACCCGUGUCCAACCGAAGCCGCGGCCAUUGAGGGUGGCUGAUUAUCAGCGUUGCUUCCAAGAACCACUUAUGCUUCUCACCAUGGCCGGGGGCUUCCUUUUCUUCUGGGGAAUGUUUCUACCGCUGAGCUACAUUAUCAUCCAAGCGCAGGCGAAUGGUAUCUCGCCCGAACUUGUCCCCUACCUCUUACCCAUACUCAACGUGGUCAGUCUCGUUGGUCGCUUGGUGGCAGGCGUACUCGGCGAUUUUAUCGGUCAAUACAACUGCAUGCUGAUGAUUGCGGCUUUUACCGGCACAUUGACGCUCGUGCUGUGGAUCCCGGGCAGCGACAGCACAGGAGCCAUCAUCGCAUAUGCAAUUGCGUUUGGCUUCGGCUCUGGCGGCUACGUUACCAUGUUCCCGGGCUGUGUGUCUCAGAUCAGCCCCAUCAAAGAAAUUGGGACUAGGAUUGGCCUUGCUGCGCUCGUCAAUGCGUUUGGCUCGUUGACAGGCAGUCCGCUUGGCGGCGCUUUGAUAUCGAAUAAGUCUGGGAGUGGUAACAGCUUUCUGGGCCUGCAACUGUUCUGUGGAUCCACUAUGGUUGCUUCUGUUUUUGCCUACGGCGCUGCUCGUUAUCUACAGGCCGGAUUCAGGUGGAUGAAGGUGUAG